AUGCGCUUUAUAGCCUGGUUAGAUAUAAGCUGGGUAGAUGAGUUCCUUAUAUUAAGUGAUGACGUGGAAAGUUUGUUGAUUCUUAAAGAAGAUAUCUGGUAUCCGGACAUAAGUGUUUAUGAUGCAGUUGACGAUCCCCAGACAAUCAGUGAUGGCAAACAUGUCAUUCUGUUCCAAAACGGUCAUGUGUCGUGGUACCAGGGCGGUGAGUACAUAAUCAGAUGCGUGAUCGAUAUCCGCCGGUACCCCUUUGAUGCCCAAACGUGCAAUUUACGUGUGGGCGCGUGGCACACUACGGCAUGGACUCAACGGCUGAUAGACUCGGGGAAGGGAUUAGAUAUAUCAGGCUAUACAGAGAAUGGGGAGUGGGAAAUCACCAACACAAUGGUGGAAUCAAACAACAGUCCUGGUUUUAAUACUUCCUGGAUACGGUAUCACAUUUAUCUUAAACGGCGCCCUCUACAUCCGGUUCUGAAUACGCUUAUUCCCAUUGUUAUGCUCUCCUUCCUAAACACACUAGUGUUCCUACUUCCAGCUAAUUCAGGUGAAAAGAUGACACUGUGCAUUUCUGUUCUCUUGGCCUUUACAGUGUUUCUUACCGUGUUCAAUGAUACAAUGCCGAAAAUGUCGACCACCAUCUCCUAUCUGUCGAUCUACCUUGUCGUCCAGUUAGGGAUGAGUGUAGUUGGAAUAGUAAUGUCUAUAUGCAUUUGGAGAACGAAAGACAGAGAAAAUUAUUCAACCUUUGAUUUUCUUGAACACACCGCACACAGGAAAGACCAGGAAGGAAUAACUGGGACAAUGAAUGCAAACAGUGAAUCUGUCAAAGGUCAUCGGCUAUCGUUUCGUCUACCUAAAAACAUGGAUGGCAUCGAAAGCAUUCCAAAAUGUGAAUGUCCCGAGAUGGACGGCUUUCGGGGAGACGAAACAGACUACCACAUGUCAUACAGUAACUAUAGCAAUGAGUUUGCAAGGCAAAUGUCCUCAAAAAACAUACGUUGUAGAAGGGAGGUGUUUUCGUCAUCAAAGAGGUAUUCAAUUGGCGAAAAACAGAAAGAUGAAAAAAGACGCCAGAACAUAGAACAAUUGGAUCUGAUUCUGUUCAAGAUAACGUUUGCCUUGGUAUUGGGAUCUACAAUAAUUCUACUUAUUACAUUGUUAGUGUGA